AUGUCCACGACGGCGACCAUGGGAGACAUGGCCAAUAGCACGGUGGAGUUUUACCCAAAGCGGGGAGGAGGCGCCGGGGGAAGUGUGGGGGGCGCGGAGGCCAACCACACCACGGGGGACUUCGGGGUGUCGCUGGAGGAGCUGCGGAACCUGAUGGAGUUGCGGGGCCCCGAGGCACUGCAGAAGAUCCAAGAGUGCUACGAGGACACGGAUGGGCUCUGCCAGCGACUCAAGUCCAACACCAGCGAAGGUCUAUCGGGGAACCCAGCGGACCUGCAGAAGCGCUACGACGCAUUCGGCCAGAACUUCAUCCCGCCAAAAAAGGCCAAGACCUUCCUGGAGCUGGUGUGGGAGGCCCUGCAGGACGUCACCCUCAUCAUCCUGGAGAUCGCCGCCAUCAUCUCCCUGGCCCUCUCCUUCUACCAGCCGCCCGGCGAGGAGAGCGAAGUGUGCGGUAACGUGGAAGCAGGCGCGGAGGAUGAGGGCGAGGCGGAGGCGGGCUGGAUCGAGGGCGCCGCCAUCUUGUUAUCGGUGGUGUGCGUGGUGCUAGUGACGGCGUUUAACGACUGGAGCAAAGAGAAGCAGUUCAGGGGCCUGCAGAGCCGCAUCGAGCAGGAGCAGCGCUUCGCUGUGGUGCGCAACGGCAACGUCAUCCAGAUCCCCGUGGCCGAGAUGGUGGUCGGGGACAUGGCUCAAGUCAAAUACGGUGAUCUCCUGCCAGCUGAUGGCAUCCUGAUUCAAGGCAACGACCUGAAGAUAGACGAGAGCUCUCUGACUGGAGAGUCGGAUCAUGUCCGCAAGUCUGUCGAUAAGGACCCAAUGCUCCUCUCUGGUACCCAUGUGAUGGAGGGCUCUGGGAGGAUGCUGGUGACUGCAGUGGGUGUGAACUCUCAGACAGGCAUCAUCUUCACGCUGCUGGGAGCCGGAGAGGGGGAGGAGGAGAAGAAGGAGAAGAAAGAUGCGGCAGUGGAGACCAAUCAAAACAAAGCCAAGAAGCAGGACGGAGCGGUUGCUAUGGAGAUGCAGCCUCUGAAGAGCGCGGAGGGCGGCGAGGUGGAGGACAGCGCCAAGAAGAAGGCCAACGUGCCCAAGAAGGAGAAGUCCGUCCUGCAGGGCAAACUCACCAAGCUGGCCGUGCAGAUUGGGAAAGCAGGUCUGGUGAUGUCGGCCAUCACGGUCAUCAUCCUGGUGCUGUACUUCGUGAUUGAGACGUUCGUGGUGGAGGGCCGUAAGUGGAUGGCCGAGUGCACCCCCAUCUACGUGCAGUACUUCGUCAAAUUCUUCAUCAUCGGAGUCACCGUGCUGGUGGUGGCCGUGCCCGAAGGCCUGCCCCUGGCCGUCACCAUCUCUCUCGCCUACUCUGUCAAGAAAAUGAUGAAGGACAACAACCUGGUGCGUCACCUGGAUGCCUGUGAGACCAUGGGCAACGCCACGGCCAUCUGCUCGGACAAGACGGGCACGCUGACCACCAACAGGAUGACGGUGGUGCAGUGCUUUGUGGGCGACGAGCAUCACCGCCAGGUGCCCGAGCCUAGCCUGGUCAACGCCAACACCCUGGAGACCCUGACCAACGCCAUCGCCAUCAACAGCGCUUACACCUCCAAGAUCAUGCCUCCGGAUGUGGAGGGAGGUCUGGCUAAGCAGGUGGGCAACAAGACGGAGUGUGGCCUGCUGGGCUUCGUGCUGGACCUGAAGAGGGACUACGCCCCGGUCCGAGACCAGAUCCCAGAGGAGAAGCUCUACAAGGUCUACACCUUCAACUCGGUCCGCAAGUCCAUGAGCACCGUCAUCCAGCUGCCCGACCGCUCCUUCCGCCUCUACAGCAAAGGAGCCUCCGAGAUCCUGCUCAAGAAGUGUUCUUCCAUCCUCGACGCCAGUGGAGAGCCGCGUAACUUCCGUCCGCGAGACCGCGAGGAGAUGGUCAAGAAGGUGAUCGAGCCAAUGGCAUGCGAGGGCCUGCGGACCAUCUGCAUUGCGUACCGGGACUUCCCCGCCGACCCCGAGCCUGACUGGGAACAGGAGGCCGACAUCAACACAGACCUCACCUGCAUCACCGUGGUGGGCAUCGAGGACCCCGUCAGACCUGAGGUGCCUGAUGCCAUCCGCAAAUGUCAGCGAGCAGGCAUCACAGUGCGCAUGGUGACCGGUGAUAACAUCAACACGGCGCGUGCCAUCGCGGCCAAGUGUGGCAUCAUCCAACCAGGCGAAGACUUCCUGUGUAUUGAGGGCAAGGACUUUAACCGGCGAAUCAGGAACGAGAAAGGAGAGAUUGAACAGGAGCGUAUUGACAAGAUCUGGCCCAAGCUCAGGGUGUUGGCUCGAUCCUCCCCCACUGACAAACACACUCUAGUCAAAGGCAUCAUUGACAGCACGGUUCUGGAGCAGAGGCAGGUGGUGGCUGUGACCGGAGACGGGACCAAUGACGGACCGGCCCUGAAGAAGGCAGAUGUGGGAUUUGCCAUGGGCAUAGCCGGUACGGAUGUGGCCAAGGAGGCCUCUGACAUCAUCCUGACGGACGACAACUUCAGCAGCAUCGUGAAGGCAGUGAUGUGGGGCCGCAACGUCUACGACAGCAUCUCCAAGUUCCUGCAGUUCCAGCUCACCGUCAACGUGGUGGCCGUCAUAGUGGCCUUCACCGGGGCCUGCAUCACACAGGACUCUCCUCUGAAGGCUGUGCAGAUGUUGUGGGUGAACCUGAUCAUGGACACCUUUGCGUCCCUGGCGCUGGCCACCGAGCCCCCUACAGAGUCCCUGCUGCUGAGAAAGCCGUACGGCCGCAACAACCCCCUCAUCUCCCUCACCAUGAUGAAGAACAUCCUGGGCCACGGCAUCUACCAGCUCGUCAUCAUCUUCACUCUGCUCUUCGUCGGGGAGAAGAUCUUCAACAUUGACAGCGGCCGCAACGCUCCCCUGCACUCCCCUCCCUCCGAGCACUACACCAUCAUCUUCAACACCUUCGUCCUCAUGCAGCUCUUCAACGAGAUCAACGCCCGCAAGAUCCACGGCGAGAGGAACGUGUUCGACGGCAUCUUCGCCAACCCCAUCUUCUGCAGCAUCGUGUUUGGGACCUUCUUAGUGCAGAUCGUGAUCGUGCAGUGGGGAGGGAAGCCGUUCAGCUGUGCACCCCUCAACGUGGAGCAGUGGCUGUGGUGCCUGUUCGUGGGAGUCGGAGAGCUGCUCUGGGGACAGGUGAUCGCCACCGUGCCAACCAGCCACCUGAAGUGUCUGAAGGAGGCGGGCCACGGCCCCGCCGCGGACGAGAUGACGGAGGACGACAUGGCGGAGGACGAGGAGGAGAUCGACCACGCCGAGCGGGAGCUGCGCCGGGGCCAGAUCCUCUGGUUCAGAGGCCUCAACCGUAUCCAGACUCAGAUGGAGGUAGUGAGCACCUUCAAGAGGAGCGGCUCCUUUCAGGGGGCCGUGCGUCGGCGGUCCUCCGUGCUCAGCCAACUCCACGACGUAACCAAUAUUUCUACCCCCACUCACGUAGUUCUCUCCACUGCCAAUGCAAGCGCCUCGCCUCCCGGGAAUGCGGGUGGUGAAAGCGUUCCGUAGCUCCAUGUACCAGGGCAUGGAGAAGCCCGAGUCGCGGAACUCCAUCCACAAUUUCAUGGCCCACCCGGAGUUCCUCAUCAACGAC